AUGGGUGCAGUCGCCGCCUUAAAGCAGCAACACCGUCCUCGAGAGACUCCCGACUCCCGCCAAUCAGAAAUUGGUAUUGUCGGGAUACAAUACAAACUGCUUGUUCUCAAUCCCUCGACGGUGCACAUCAAAUUCACGACUUCUAGCACCUCGAGAAUUUGCAUGGGAUCGGCUCGAGUUCCUCUUCGGAGUUUACGCUUCUACUCCGCGCCAUGGAGUUCUCGCGUCAUCCAUGAGCCAUGUCCGUCGUCCUGGCGCAGACAAUUUUCAGGUGCAGUUCCUAAGCUGUCCGGACACAAUCGCUGGUCCAAGAUCAAGCACGACAAAGCACGCGCAGAUGCCCGAACAAGUAAAUUGAGGACGCAGCUGUCGUCUGACAUUAUCAUCGCUUCCAGACUCGGCGGUCCAGACCCAACUUUGAACCCACGCCUCAGUGCCGCCAUCGUCGCCGCAAAAAAGGGCCAGCUGGCCAAAUCUUCCAUCGAACAUGCCAUCCUCAAAGGGCAGGGAAAGUCUCCCUCCGGAGCAACACUGGAAAAUCUGAUCAUCGAGACAAUGCUACCCCACGGCGUCGCGGCCCUUCUCGAAUGUCAGACCGACAACAAGGCUCGCACCCUGCAAGACAUACGACUGAUUCUAUCUCGCGCCGGCGCUGCCGUCACUCCGACCGCGUUCCUGUUCGAGAAAAAGGGACGCAUCACUUUCGAAGAGCAACAGGAGAAUGAUCAGGGAAGCAAGGUCGGGGUUGAUGAGGCCCUCGAGGAUGCGAUCGAGGCCGGCGCGGACGACGUCAGCACGGAUGAGGAUGGUAGGCUCGUGAUUGAUACGCCCCCCGAGGACGUGAUGGACGUCGCGAAGAAGUUGCAAGAGAAAUUGGGCCUGCGGGUGGACAAGGCGGAGGUCGUUUACGAUCCCAACGGGGAAAGCAUGGUGAGCUUGACCCCAGAGCAGGAAGAGGAGGUGGGUAAAGUGCUGGAGGCGCUCGAAGAGGACCCGUCUUUGCAGAACUUGUAUGUCAAUGCAACUUCGCAAUCCGAUCAUUGAGUUGUAGAUGGACGGCCCACACA